UUGGGCGGUGCUGUGCUUAGGCGGUGAAUGGCGAUAGCCAUGGACUCUGAGGGUCUGCAGCAUCGCCGGCUGCUGCAGAAUCUCAAUGAAAGCAGGAGACGCUUCCAGACGUACAUGCAGCGGCUGAUAGCGAAGUACAACCAGCCCUUUGAGGACGACCCGUUGGUGGAAAUUUCCACGCUGACCUACGAGACGCCCCAGGGCUUGAAAGUCUGGGGAGGAAAGCUGAUAAAGGAAAGCAACAAGGAACAAACCCAGGUAUUUUCUGUCAAUACAAUGCAAAAAACUGCCUAUGAGAUGAAAUGUUCUCUAUUUCCAGCCUCAGAAAGCAGCAGUGCGGAGACAAGCUUAGACUUGGAUAUACUGCUUCAAGGUGCAGAGUAUUUUAAGAACGUGGAGAAGGGAGAUGGAAGAGACACACUCAUGACUUGGGUUCCUUCAUUGACCACACCUGUUACACCAGCCCCUGGAUGCCAGGAUACUAUCUCCAAAAAGAGCUUUGGUCCUGAAGUGUCCACUUCAUCCUCCAGAGACCAGGGUUCCUCGAACCCUUGCCCAGCAGACAUGACUUUUGUGCUUAGAGAUGACAGUUUCUCCUUACUAGGGACCAGCAGCAACAGCUUAAGCAGCCAGUCCUUUGACGUUGAUGACACUUGCAGUGUGACAAUCAGCGAUCUGUAUGAAGGCAUGAUGCAUUCCAUGAGUAGGCUGUUGAGCUCAAAGCCGUCAUGCAUCAUCUCCACCAAGACCCACAUCAACCAGAACUGGAAGCUCAGGAGGAGGCCCUCCCUCAAGGGUUGGGCACACAAGAACAAGACAUACUGUCACCGGAGCAAGCCCUUCAGGAGGAGCUCCAAGAAGAGUCCCGUGCCCUGCUCAGAGCCAGGGAAAGAGGCUAAAAUAUUAAGUGACCGCAAGAACUUACUGAAUAUUGUCCCCCACAAGACAGGCUUGAACCGGGAAAACUUGGAAAGAAGCAAACUCCAAGUCCAUAAAUUCAGUCCAGAUUGGAAGGAGCUCCAGGUGAUGCCUCAGAAGUUUUCAGAUGUGAACACAGUGUGCCUUCGUGAGCGAGAAAACAGAGUGGAGGCAUUACAAUGGCUGAUUUCACCUGUUAAAAUAGUUCCCAGACCAAGAAUGCGUCCAAGUCUAGCAGAGAUACAGUAUAGGGAGACCAAAAUCAAAUUUGACAAACUUCAUCGGGAAUAUUGCCUAUCUUCUGGGAAACUGCAUCACCCAGCUGUCCCCACAGAAUCCUGGUCUACAGACAUGAACAGAAGUGGUUGUAGGAGCCUAGGUAGCUCCCAGGGCAUAGAAACCCACAGGCCGAGUUUACCUUUUAACAGAGAAAAGGCAAAGUCACAGGCAGCUUUUGAAGACCCAAGUGAAAUGUCUGUCAAAGCUGAUAGAUGUCCGCCAAGGAGCCAUCUCUCUCCAUCACUGUCAGAGGACAGCCCCUUAGAAAACCCAGGCUAUUCCCAGCAGAUGUCUGGCCUUUUUCUUCAAGAACACAAUUCUGGGCCAAUCAGAAAGGCCGUCUUACCCAGUAAGGCGAUCUCAGCACCAUGGAUAGGCCCUCAGGGCUUUGGGAAGAAUCGCUAUGAUGAGAUUAAAAAAGAAUUUGACAGACUUUAUCAGAAAUAUUGCCUGAUGUCACCCCAGCGGGUGAAGAUGACCUCAUGUGUCAGAGUAUCUCCAAUGAAAGCUGGUGCAGCUGUUCCUAGUCAGAUGGAGGACUUGAGAAAAUUAAAUCCAGACUCUCGAUUCCAGAGUUCGCCGAAAUUGUCAACAUCUGGCCAGCGCAUAAGAAGCCCCCAGCACUCACCCGCACUUGAGGCUCGCAAAUCUGCAUGGACUGUUAGUGCUGUUGCCAGAGACCCUCAGUUACCAACAAAGAGGCGCAAGCUGUCAUACCCCCCAGAGUGUACAGACCAGGCCAAGUCUUAAGGUUCCCCAGGAGCAGCAGGCCAGCUGUGAGAGUCCUGACUGCUGAUUGGGUGUUUCUGUGUAUUGGGCGUGAUGUUUAUGUGUUGUGAGAAGCUGCUGUGAGGGACAGGAUCCUAGCAGGCACUUUUCUGUUUCUCUUUCUAGAGAUAGGGUCCAGGGCAUCACACUUGCUAAGCAGUCUCCCACUGCUGCUCCC